UAUUGAACAUUUACACCUUUGCAAAGGUAGACUUUUCUUUUACUGCUCUGUAAUGUACAAUGAUAAGCAAUUUACAUAAAUGGAAAAAGUCUCACUAACUGUAGGUGCGGCUGUCGUUGAACUCUUGCAGUAGUUUUGUCAUAUUAAGUCGUUUUGUGACUUCGAGUUUAUUUAUUUAUUUAUCUAUCUAUCUAAUAUUUAUUUUACUUUUCUCAGUGACAGAAUGGAGCUUCGAGGUCUGUUCGGAAAUGGAAAUAAAUAGCAGUCCGAACUCCCCGGUUUUGAAUGACGAAAAUUGAAUGAAGCCUGUCAAUGUUGCAGCCAAUGAAAUCAUGACACGUCACGAGUGUGUCAGUCAGCACUCGGGUGGGAAAGACGGAAGUUGCCGUGAGAAGUUUGAACACGUUUUGAACAGCUGAGGGUGACAGCAGCAACAGUCAGUCGGUGGAGAAAAUCCUGUCCGGCUGCCUGUCAACGCUCGCCUUCGCCGUUGCCUUCCGCUCCACGCAGCAUGUCGUUCCUCCUCAUGAAAAAGAAGAGAUUCGAGUUUAAAGUGGACUUCGACUUGGAGGAGCUGUCGUCAGUUCCUUUUGUCAAUGGCGUUUUGUUUUGCAAAGUUCGCCUCGUACACGGUAACUUCGUCCAAGAGUCUUCUCGGGAGCCCGUCCAAGCCAACUGUGUGCGCUGGAGGAAGCGAUUCUCCUUCGUGUGUAAGAUGAGCGCCAAUGCUAGGACAGGUGUACUGGAUCCAUGUGCGUGUCGGGUGUCAGUGCGCAAGGAAUUAAAGGGUGGGAAAGCAUUUGCAAAGCUGGGCUUUGCUGAUUUAAACCUGUCUGAGUUUGCUGGGUCAGGCAGCACUACAAGAAGAUGCCUCCUGGAGGGAUAUGAUACCAACAAAACUAGACAGGACAAUUCAAUUCUCAAGGUUGUCAUCACAACACAACUCAUGUCUGGAGACCCCUGUUUUAAAACCCCCUCAUCUACAGCCAUGACAUUGGGUAUACCACAAGCUGAGUCUGAGUGUCUCCUUGAAGAGCGAAAGGGGGGAGAUAUGCACACAUGCCAUUCAGCAACAGGAACUCCAGUCCCUGAGGAAAGGCUUACCGGUGGUCACACCAGAACAUCCAGCUACACCAGUCAACAGUCUAAAGUCUCAGGGUACAGCUCAAAUCAUUCGAGUUCACCAGACCUGAGCCAUCGGAGGAACGCGUCAGGAGGUUCUGCCUCAAUAGGCAUCGACAGCAUCCCAGAGCCCAGUGAGCAGCAGGCAGAGAGAGCAGAUAAGGAGAGCCGGUCCUCUCCUCCAAAGCCCGCGGGCUGCCAUCAUACUACGGAACAGAACUCCACAACUGCCAAUGCUUCAAGGCAUCCAGUCAAGCAGAACUCAAUGGAGAAUCAGCUGACGAGGGUAAACGCCACCAGGGUCAAUGCAGAUGACAUCAUUGACAAGCUCCUGCAGGGCCAGGAUUUCAGUCACAGUAUCUUGGACUCCAGUAUGGAGGAGGAAGGACUCAGCUUAUUUGUCGGUCCUGGCGGCAGCACAGCUUUGGGAAGUCAGUACACUCGGGUCGCAUCGGGAGCAUUUGAGCAGGUGGUGAUGAAGCUCUAAGCUUUGAGAAGCAUGUGAUGUCGUGAAGGGUGCCAAAUUACACUGAUGCAUUCGGAAGACCUUGGAAGUGGCGACAGAAACUGCCCUCUCCUCAUCCCACAAAGAGGGGAGUGUUGUGUAAAAUACAGUACAAAACAGGACAGGAAUUACCUACAGCAUCUGGACACCAGGAAAGCCCUCUAGGGCCCAACAAGUGUAGUAGAAGGCCACAGUGUACAGGGUUUCGGCAACUGAGCAGGCAUCAGUCAUCCUGGAAUCUAAGUACAUUUUAAGAAAAGGUUAUUAAUAUCAUGAAAACAAAAAUGACUAACGUUCCUUACAAUAUUUGCGUGUAUGUGUUUAUUUCCAUUAUUUGAUGCACUUAUUACUAGUGUUGUGAGUGUGUAGAUGAGUUAAGAUUUCACAGUAUAUAUAUUUUUUUGACAAAACAACACAUUUCACCCUUUUUUUUUUUUCUUCAUCGUUAUGACUGUGCUGUCACUAACUACUGCAAAGCCUACUUUUGGAUGUGAUAAGUGAGUGGGGCUGAGACAAGGGACUGUGUUCUAUAGACUACUGAUGCAAAAGUUGUUACAGGUGAAUUAUGCUGUCUCGUAACAAUCCAGUCAUAAAUUUUGUAACACUAAAGCGCACAAUUUGUUUUUAUUUAAAAUACUGUAAUCUUAGUGGACCUAUCGUGCGCAAUUUGUUACUGUGCUUUCAGAAUCUAAUUUUAUGGGACACUGAGAAGUUGAUUUAAAAACAAAAACAAAACGAUGAUUGCUUCUCACAGAUGUUACCAUCUGCAACGAAAUUUAAAGUCCACACGUGUCUGUGCAAAAUAACUCACAAGGCUAAACUAAAUAAAGGACAAAUUCAUUCCUCAAAUUAUGGUCAAUAAAUAAACCAUUUUACAGAUUUCUGUUAUGGUUUGGCGCAGUGGUGUUACUUUUUAAUAAAACGUUUU